UGAGCUCAGCUCGGCUCUCUCCACCGCUCUCUCCAAAGCUCCCACUUGGGCCACUUCCCUUCCCUUCCCUUCGCUUGAUUUUUCAUCUCUUGGAUUGCGGGAUUAGCGGUGUUCAUUGGUUUUGAUCUUGAUUCAGUUGUUUCGUUGUUGUUUCUUUGCUUUUCAGAGAGGUUUUGAUGGAUAUCAGAGUUUGGAAUGCAUUGAAGAAGAUGAAGAUGAGUUUGGAAUGCAUUGCGGAGGAUGAAGAUUAGAUGAAGGGAGUUUUAUGUGAGUUGUGAGGGAUAACAGAGCUCGGAAUGCAUUGCAGAGCAUGGAAAUUAGUUGCAGGAAUGAUAAAAGAAAAACCCGGUCAUUUCUGAAGUUUCUGUUUUGAAUUGCUUCAGAAAGUGAAAGAUAUGGAGAAUUUCGAGAAGAAGAAGAAGAAGAAGAAGAAUGAGAAUCAAGGAAUUGAAUUAAUGAAUACAAAGAAGCUUAUCAAUAGAUAUCAAUCUAGACGAGAAAGGAAGAUUGCUUUGCAACAAGAUGUUGAUAAACUGAAGAGGAAACUCAAGCACGAAGAGAAUGUCCACAGAGCAUUAGAGAGAGCUUUCACUCGCCCUUUGGGUGCUCUACCAAGGCUCCCUCCCUACCUUCCUUCUCAUACGCUCGAGCUUCUGGCUGAAGUAGCUGUAUUAGAAGAAGAGGUUGUUCGACUUGAAGAGCAAGUGGUGAAUUUCAGGCAAGGACUCUAUCAGGAGGCAAUCUACAUUUCAUCAUCAAAGAAAACAAUGGAGAAUGCUUCUGAUUUUUGUGUUGAUCACUACCCAUUUCAACCAAAUUCCUGCACUGCUGAGCAUUCUUCUGAGCCCACAAUCUCUUCCGCAUCAAUGCGGUGGUCUGCAGAUAUGGACCUGAAUACAAAACGACCUGUGAAGAAGCUGAGUGCAUCUCCAGUCUCAGCUGAAGACCGGCGAGGUAAAGAGAAUCAAUCAAACAGUACUAAUUCCACGAAGAAUGUUAAGCAAUCACAAGUCAAGAACGUUUCAAGAAUAAGAACUCCAGUGUCAAUGGAGAGGUGCUCGAAACCUCAGCCAGAAUGCACAGGGACAAAUGAAGAAAAAUUAGAGGAUAGUGGUCCAAACAAAUUAUCCGAGGAUAUUCUGAAAUGCCUAAUGAGCAUUUUCUCGCGAAUGAGCUCACAAAUGAGUGUAUCCAUGGAUAUAGAGAUGGCUCCAUCUAUUUCGGGCUCUUCAGACAGUUCGGAGGAGACGGACUUUAGAGACCCUUAUGGUAUCUGUAAAGAAUUCGGAAAAAGAGAUAUCGGUCCAUAUAAGCAUCUCCGUUCCAUUGAAGUAAAUUCAAUUGACUGGAACCUUGUCAAGGGUUCUUCAUUUCUUACACGGAGACUGAAGAUUUUGCUCAAAAGGCUCGCAUCAGUGGAUUUAGCAGGACUUACUCAUCAGCAGAAACUCGCCUUCUGGAUCAACAUUUAUAACUCUUGCAUGAUGAAUGCUUUCCUUGAGCAAGGCAUGCCGGCAAGUCCUCAAAUGGUUGUCGAACUAAUGCCAAAGGCGAUGAUAAAUGUUGGUGGCUACUUGGUCAGUGCAAUGACGAUCGAGCAUUUUAUAUUGAGGUUACCCUACCAUUCCAAAUAUACAAAUGCGAAAGGACUAAAGACCGACGAGGUGACAACUCGAGGCAUUUUCGGGUUGGAUUGGCCGGAACCUUUGGUCACAUUUGCUUUAUCAUAUGGAAGUCUGUCCUCCCCUGCUGUGAGAGUAUACACUGCUUCUCAAGUUGAGAAAGAGUUGGAGAAGGCGAAGAGAGAUUACUUACAAGCGGCGGUCGGGAUUUCCAUGAAAUUCAAGUUUGGGAUUCCGAAACUCUUGCAUUGGUAUCUAUUGGAUUUUGCAAAGGAUGCAGAAGGUUUAAUGGAUUGGAUAUGCUUGCAACUACCAUCGGAAUUGAGAAAUAAUGCGAUUAACUGCAUUGGCAUGAGAAGAAGUGAUCCAGAUGCACAGCCUAUGCAAGUUUUGCCAUAUGAUUUCAGCUUCAGAUACCUUUUGGCUUCAUAAACACAAUGGUCCACACAAAGAUUUCAAUGACUGAAGGUUUUGUAUACAUCCUCAAAAUAAACAGAACCAAAAAAAAAAAAAUAUAAAUACAAGAGUUUCUACAUUUGUUUCAGAAAUGGUUUUUGUUGUUGGGGUUGAUUCUUUUGAUCAGUUGUUUGUAAACAGUUUCAUUAUGAAUGUAUAUUCAUGCUUUUGAA